AUGGCUUCACAGUCCCUCAAGGUCACCAAGACUCGAAAACUCUCGGGGAUUAAUUGUCCCUGCUGCGGCCAGAAUAUUACCUUUUCCUCGCUCAGCGGAAGCCUCGAUGUUCAUGUCGCCGAAAUGAACCCAAAAACGCGAGCCGCUGUCCGCGACAUCAAUAAGAUGAAACAACUACAUAAAAAGAUCGCAAGACGACGAUUGAAAGCUUUUUACAGGAGAGGAAAAAAGAUUCGGGUUUCUGCUCCAGUGGCUUCUACUUCAAGCAAGCAGUACCAGUACCAACCUCUUGAAAACAAUGGGACUAUUCGAAUACUCAUAUUGCAUCCCGGGAAGCAAAGUGAUCAACUGGUCGGCACAAUAGAGGUCGUUCCAAUCCAGUCUGCGGUACCAUACGAGACGAUGUCCUAUGUUUGGGCCGAUUCGGGUCCACCAAAGCAUGCCGGUACGAUGGUGAUUCGUGGCAGAGGCAAUGAAGAUGCACUGCUUGCCCUCCGAGGUGGAUCUAUUGUGGCCGCUCUGCAUCAACUACGACGACCAGACCGACCUCGUCGAAUUUGGACCGAUCAAUGUUGCAUCAACCAGGAUGACCUGGAGGAAAGAAGCAAGCAGGUGCAGUUCAUGGACCAAAUCUAUCGAAACUCGACCCAUGUUCUGGUCUGGCUUGGAUCGGAUACCGAGAACGAGGCCGCUUCGGCUUUUGAUACUGUCCGCAAGCUUGACAAGAUUCUGGAGGAGCCUCCGGCAGAUGGCCGAGGCUCCGACCGACAGAAAACAGACUUGGCCUCGUAUAUCAUUGCGAACCAAAAGUCUCUACAAGCCUUGACGAAAUGCACAUGGUUCACGCGUGGUUGGAUUGUACAGGAAAUCGGAACAAAAGCCCCGGCGACAUUGCACUGGGGAAACGCCAAGCUUGACUGGGACACGCUGGCCAGCGUGUGCGAGCGUCUCAAAGGCUACCAUCAUCUCCGCAGUGUACUGGGUAUCAGCACGUCCGACAUUUCAUUCUUGUAUCGUCGUUUCAUAGAGCCGGACGAGAAGACGCAUCACGUGAACCGAUUCAAUUUUGUGUACGAGCUUCAAAGAUCGCGCCAUCUCAGAUUCAGCGAUGAUAGAGAUCGUGUGUUUGCUUUCCUCGGCCACUUUUCUUUGCAGUCGCAUCAUCCGCUUGGCUGUCAGCCGUUGUCCAUCGCGGCCGACUAUACCAAGACAGUCAGAGAGACAUACAUCGAUGUUGCCGUCGAAAUCUUGCGCCAAAGACCAAAUUCGACUUGCAUCCUACUGGCAUCAGUGCAGCACGGCGACUCUGUUAUACCACUCAAUCAGGCUCGGACAGACGAUAACACGCAACUGCUUCUCACAAAUGAAGGCAAACUACCAUCGUGGGUGCCCGACUGGAGACAGUCUCAAGGCAUCAUCCUGGCAGAACCAAUCUGCUCACACCGUGCGCACGCCGAUUCGAUUGCCAAAGUCGAGAUUCUUCAGCGACCAGACGUCAUGCUUCGCAUCUGCGGCAUGGAGAUGGAUACCAUCGAAGCCUGCUCUCGACGAUUGGUAGAAGAUGAUUUGUACAGCGGGAAGACGCCUGUUGGGGUGCCAACAAUGAUUGAGAAGCUGUGGAAUGACAUUUGCCAGAAGACGAGCUUCAAUCUCAGAGAUACAUAUCGAAAUGGCCAAACCGCCUUGUUCGCAUUUAUGCAGACCCUCACCAAUGGCUGCGUACAAGCCGCAGGGCACAAGUCGGUUCCGUAUCACGAAAUUCCUGAGAAAGUGUGGCUUCGGAAAGCAAUCAGACACAUCGUGGAUACCCUCGGCACAAGCCACUCCAACGUGUCGAAAGAUGUGUUGAGCGCAGCUGGGGAUCUAGGGCCUGAAGCAGACUCUGAUAACUGGAGUCGAUGGGCAACAUCUGCCUCCGACGGUCGCAUCUUCGCACGGACUAGGACUGGAUAUUAUGUGCUCGGCCCGGCGGCGAUCCAGGCUGGAGAUGUGGUGUGCGUCUUGCUGGGCUGCAAGGUGCCGUUCUGCCUGCGGCCUGUGGGCUCGCGAUACCAACUUGUUGGGGAAUGCUACGUCCACGGGCUUAUGAAAGGAGAGGCGAUGGAGAAGCUGAAGCAGAACGAGUUGCGCGAAGCGUCCUUUGAUAUUAUCUAG